CUCAAGCUCUCAUUCAAGAAAUGGCAAUCUCUCGUUUCUACACACUCAUCGCUUUCGCUCUUUGCGCUGCGCAACUCGCUAAUGCAGGCAUCAUCCCUCGCGAUGUUGCCGACGGACCCGUCAAUGCUACAACCCCCUACUCUCCGGAUAACGUCCACCAAGCACUUCCUGCUGCACUUCCCGCUAAAGGACCCCUUAACGGGGCCCCGCCUCCACAGGACGAUCCUAAAUUCCCUACCCCCUCUUCCCUUCCUCCCCCCCUUCCUUCUAAUUUACCCAAGGACGGUCAAAAGUUUGAAGAGGGGGACAAGGAGAAGAAACUCCCGCCGAAGGAUGGCGACAACGGCAAUAAACCCGCCCCUUCAAACCCACCCACAUCGGAUGCCCCAGUACCAACUUACGCACGGAGGGAUAACGCCCCCGUAGACCCUAAGGAUGCUGCUAAGCCUCCCCCCAGUUCUCUUCCUCCCCCCUUACCUUCCAACCCUCCCAAGGACGGGCUUCCCCCAAAGGAUGGCAAGGCGCCCCCUCCUCCUCCCGCCCCAACUCACGCCCGCAGAGACGACGCCCCUGUAAAACCUAAAGAUCCCGUCAACGUGCCAGCCCAGCCUCCUACUUCUCUGCCUCCGCCUUUGCCGUCUAACCUCCCACCGAAGGACGGCAAGGCGCCACCUCCUCCACCCGCAAAAGAUGCUCCCGCCCCAACUCACGCACGCAGAGAUGACGCCCCCGUCAAACCCAAAGAUCCUGUCAACGUGCCAGCCCAGCCUCCUACCUCUUUGCCUCCCCCUUUGCCUUCUAACCUCCCACCGAAGGACGGCAAGGCGCCACCCCCUCCACCCGCAAAAGAUGCUCCCGCCCCAACUCACGCCCGCAGAGAUGACGCCCCCGUCAAACCCAAAGAUCCCGUCAACGGACCAGUGCAGCCUCCUACCUCUCUGCCUCCCCCUUUGCCAUCUAACCUCCCACCGAAGGACGGCAAGGCGCCACCCCCUCCACCUACAAAAGAUGCUCCCGCCCCAACUCACGCGCGCAGAGAGAGGAUGAUCUUGAGGCGCACACAUUUCCACUGAAGAAAGUUGCUUGACCUUUUUUCCCCCCAUCCUUAAGUUACAUUGCGUUAGCUGUAGUAUGAAUUGUGUGGUUUUUCAUAGACGUAUCGUUUGAAGUUGGACUUUGGUUCUGGAAAUACAAAGACGCUUUCUUUUCGCCAGAAUAUACCCUCACUUUUGUUUUCGCCCGAAUAUACAGUCAUCCACCAGCCUGUGUUACACUAC